AUGGAAAGUUGAGAAUCAGAGAAUUUCAGCCAUGACCAAGAAAAUGCUAAGGAUAGUGAAGAGUACUCUCAUGAGCAAAUGAGCUGAGUUGAUGAAGACUAUGCACCCGCCAAUGAGCCUCAGAGUUCUAGGGAUGAAGAAAGCAGUGAAAGCACAGAGCUAAGCUUCAAUGCUUUGGAGAGAAAGCUCACAAUGCGUCCUCCAGAUUUCAAGAUGUCAUGGACUCACCUCAAAGCAAACAAAGUUAAAGUGAUAGACACUGAAAAAGAGCAAGACUUAUACGACCUCAAAAACUAUUGUCCUUGCUGUGUGGUACCCAAGGAGAAAAUAACAAAAGAUAUCCCUCUCUGUGUAGAUAGUCGUGAGCUUGAUGUUCUUGGAAGUGGAUUUCCACUGUAUUAUCAUUCUAAGAAAUUCAGCAUCAUUAUCUUUGUCUUGAUGACUUUGAUAGUGGGAAUACCUUGAAUGAUCAUUAACAUUCAGCAAGGAAAUGUUGAAGAUUGAUGGGACUGGCCGGCUAGAAUUCUAUUUAGAACGACUAUAGCCAAGUACAUUGAUGAAUAUGGCUUUUAUUGGUGUGAAGAUCAGAGUAGCAGUUAUUAUGGGUACAUAUGACCAAGAGAAAUUUCUUAUUUUGAGGUUCAUUUGGCUCUCAACUUUUGCUUUAUCUUGAUACUUUUUAUUGCUAGCAUUUUCUUGAGGGUAUAUCAAAGCAAGAUUAUUUCAGAGAUAGAUGAAGAAAACAUCACUCCUUCUGAUUUUGGUCUCAUGGUCAGCAACGUCCCCGAAGACAAGCGUCCUGAUGAACUCAAAAAUUGGUUCAAAGAGAAGUUCCCUGAUGUAGAUAUUGCUUAUGUUAACUACUGCUACAACAUCGAAAAAUUAGUUAAAAUCACAAGGAAGAUUGAAGCCUUAGAGGCAAAGAAAACUACCCUAGAAGCUUACAAGGACAAAAUUCUUGAAGAUAAAGGUUUGACUGAACAAGAUGCUGCCGAACAAGGUGUAAGAGUUACUCCCAUUAAGUAUUUCUGCUGAAUCAAAAGAGCAUCCAUCGACAUAGAGGCCCUAGAGAAUAAGAUUCUGAAAGCUCAGGAAGAACAGAAGGAAGUUAUAGAAUCAAUGGGAAAACUCAAAGAUUCUAAAUACUUUAGCGGAAAAACUUUUGUUGUUCUGAAUAAACAAACUGAAGCAACAAAGAUCUUAGAAUAUUUUGAAACCACUUUGAUCUCAAGAGCUUACAGUGAAGUAUUGUUUGCAUGCAAGAAGAUUAAUCAAAACAUAAGAAAAAUAUAAAUUGGGAUGAGAACUUGAUUUAUGUUAAAAGAGCUCCAGAACCUGAGGAUAUCUAUUGGGAAAACCUCAAUGUAUCCACGAAAAUUAGAUUUUGAAAAAUUUUUAUAACCACUGUUGUUACUGUGAUUUGCUUGUUCAUUUCUUUUUGUAUUAAUAUUGCUAUUAAGAGUUAUUCCAAGUCUUUAUUUGAUAAAAAUUCAGAUACUUGAUCAUAUAGCCAGAGUAGCUCUAGGGAAGACAACAGAAUGUUAAAGAUAAGCUCUUUUACUAUUUCAAGUCUUGUUAUUUUUGUUAAUCUUUUGCUUUGCAAAAUAGUCAGAACAUUAAGUUAUUACGAAAGGCAUGAAACACACACAAAAUAUCAUCUUUCAGUCGCAAUCAAACUUACAAUAGCUAUGUUUGCAAACACAGUAUUGAUUCCAUAUAUUAGUAAUGUCGGAGGAUUUUAUGGUGAUACCUUUCGAACACUAGUAAUAGAUGUGUUCUUUAUAUCCUUAUCAGUUUCUUUUAUUACUCCUUUGGUUUAUCUGUUUGAUCCAGCUUAUUUAUUCAAGCUUUUCAAACGAUGGAGAGAAGAGAGAAAAGGAGAAAAAUCUAUGCUCACUCAAAAGCAAGCAAACAAACUCUUUGAGGGGCCUCCAUUUGAUAUGGCUCAAAGGUAUGCAAAUACUAUGCUUUUAAUUUGUCUGGCAGUUUUCUAUAUUUCUAGAAUCCCAAUUGUUUCCAUUAUUUUACUUUUUGGAGCUGUGUUCCAAUAUUGGCUUGAGAAAUACUUACUUUUAAGAAGACAUAAAAGACCUGAGAAAUUCAGUCAUGAAAUGAGUCAGGUGUUUAGCAAUAUGGUGCCAUUUCUUUGCCUUCUUUAUGGGAUGUCUCUAUUUGAUACAUCUUGGAGUGUUUACAAAACAAUAAAACCUAUCAGCUAUAUGUAUUUGAUUGUUCCUUUGCUAUUACUUAUUCUACCAAUUUGAAACGUAUUUAAGAAAUGUCAGAAAGAUAUUCAUAAAAAUGAUGUUUGCACUCAUAAAGAAGAGAGAAUGGACUUUCUCACUGACUAUGAUCGUUGUAACCCAGCUACUGCAAAAUCUGCGAGAAUAACACAUCAACGAAGAUUAGAAGCAGCUACUAUCAAUCCUAACAUUGGCCUUAAAAUCAAUGAAGAUGAAGAUAGCUUUGAAGGAAUUCGUAGGUAUGGGCGUGAGCCAAAAUUCUUAGAAGGUAGGCCAAACAAUCUUCUGGAAAAAAUGCAAACAAUGAUCAAUCUUCGCGGAAUGAAAACCUUCAGAGGCAAAAAGCCCAAAUCCUCCAGAAACCCAAUCCCCCACUCAGACCCUCAAGACAUAUCCAGUGACGAAGAAUCAAAAACCCCCUCAAAUCCCUCCAAACCACCCCUAAACUCCCCCUCUCCAGACACCCCUCCCACCCAAAGACCCCUAAAAUCCCUAAAAACCACCCUCCCCCCCCCCCCCAACUCCUGCACCCCUUCAGACUCCUAUUCCUGUACCUCCUAA